UUAACAGAUGAUCAGCCUGUUUAUAAAUACUAUGGUUUUAAUUAACUUAAAGUACUGUUGAGCAGAACGAAAAGUCAGUAGAUCAAUAAACAUGAAAGUUUUAAGUCUAGUAAUUAAAACCACAUCGCCCCAUAUUGUAAAUGUUAAUAACAGGUUUUUAAUAAGAAUCAAGAAGGUAUACAGAAGAGUUGUGAAAUUUUUUUACUUCAGCAAUGAAAAGUUCUUUUUUCUAUGCAUUCGUUUUCUUUUACCAACAAAGCUAUAAGCUUCUCAAAGUUCUUUCACACCGUCUAUUUAUAUCUCUAAGAAACCAUACAUGCACAUUUUGAAAUUGAAGACAAAAAAAAUUUGUCCCUAAUUGAUUUUUUCAUAAUCAAUAUAAAAGACGGCAUAAAAUCCAUAAUUCGAAUCACUUUACAAUCACUUGUCGCUUCAAAAAUAAAAAAUCAUCCAUAAAUAUAGAAAAUCUAGUUGAAACAAUUUAAUUAAAAUCAGGAAGCGUGCAUUAAAACAGAAAUAAUGAAUUACAUUUUAUUUGCAAUUUUCAAUGAAUUUAUUUAUUAUUUUAAAAUUUUUAAAGAAAAAAACUAUUGUGGUGUUUACUUCUUUUUGAGUCGUGUGUCUACCGAGAUGAGUUUUCAUGUGAACAAAACAGUUUCACUUCUUUCGUGGCCCCCUUAAUAUGAUUUGAUUUUUUUAAGAAUCAGAUAAAUACUAAAAUAACCAGUGAUAAAUACUAAUAUUAUGAUUUCGUCACAAGAAUGUUUGAACAAGUCAAAUUAGAGCCUUUACAGUUUUAUCAUUCUUCAAAUUGUCAACCACAAUUCCCCACAGCACCACAAUCAAAUCCAUCCUUACUAUUACAGCAUCCUAAUCAGCAUAAUUCUACAUUGAUUGAAAGUGAAAUUAAAAAUAAUACUAAUGAAAAUUUAUUGGUCAAUCAAAUUAAACCCGAACUUUUAAAUGAAUACCAAGUAAGUACAAACACUUCAACAUCUGUUCGGAAAUCUCAAACGUGUAGAAUAUGCGGUAAAGUCCUUUCAUCUGCCAGCAGUUAUUAUGUUCAUAUGAAACUUCACAGUGGAGUUAAAAACUUUCAAUGUACAGUCUGCGAUGCGGCUUUCUGCCGUAAACCAUAUUUAGAUGUCCAUUUGCGUACACAUACGAAAGAACGACCUUAUCAAUGUAUGGAAUGUUUAAAGAGAUUUAGUCAAAAAUCAUCAUUGAACACACACAAAAAAAUCCAUUUAGAAGCCAUACAAGAAAGACCCUACAAGUGUGUUGAAUGUUCGGCAGCUUUUUCACGAAAGCCAUAUUUGGAUAUCCAUUUGAGGACACAUAGUGGAGAACGUCCUUUUAAAUGCUUAAUUUGUUUCAAGGCCUUCACUCAAAAGUCAUCCCUUAAUAUCCACAAAACUACUCAUAAUGCAUCUCACAGGCCAUUUAAAUGUAAUCAAUGUGAGGCUUCCUUCUCAAGAAAACCAUAUCUUGAAAUUCAUUUAAGAACGCAUACAGGAGAGCGUCCAUAUGUUUGUGAUUGCGGAAAACGUUUUACUCAAAGAUCGACUUUAAAUAUACAUAAGAGAAUACACAACAAUGACAAGCCAUAUGCAUGCGACAUAUGUGGAAAGAACUUUUCCGUUCGUAGCUAUGUCACAUCCCAUCGAUGGUCUCAUGUGUCAGAAAAGCCAUUAAAUUGUGAGAGAUGCUCAAUGACAUUCACAUCUAAAAGCCAAUUUGCAACUCAUAUUAGAACUCAUUCAGCAGGACAAAACUUUGAGUGUAAGAUUUGCAAACGUACUUUUAUUCGUGAAAGUUAUUUGAUACGUCAUCACAAUCGAGUACAUCGAGAACGAACACAGUCACUAAGCAUUCAGUCAACUAUAAAUUCAGUUGUCGAAUCAUCAGUGGUUGAUGCAAAUAAUAUAUUUGAUCGUUACACAUCUAAUGUAGUGAUUCCAAUGAAAAAUGGUCGAGUAGUUCAAAGGAUUCCCCAACCGUCUUUAUUGCCGUCACCACUAAUGGAUCAUACAAAGCAAGAAUUUCAGACAAACUCGGUGACUGGAGUAUAACUCAAAUAAAAAUAAUUAAAUGAUUUUUAAAAUCAUUAUUUAGAAUGCAUGCAAUGAUUUUUUGUUGCAUAUAUGAUACCUACAUAUAAUCUUCUUAGAAGAAUUUUUUCUAGUCUAUUUGACAAUUAUGCACAAAAAAUACGACAUUGAAAAAGUUUAAGAAAACUGUGCAAAACAAUCAUAUUCUUUAAUUUUUUUAACGAUUCGAGAUCUCAAAUUCUGUUAUGUGUAUAUACCAUUAAACAUUUUAAUUUCUCUUUACUGACUAUAAUCAAGAACUUUAAGAAAUAAAACU